AUGGCCCAAAGCAUCCCCCAGAACGUAAUUCUCGGCUUGCGAAGUAUGCUCUUGUCAGGGGAUCAAGAUGAGGAAGAUGAAAAGAAGAGCACCUCUCCAGUCAAAGACUUGACGCCCAUCGAUAUCGUUAUCGCUCGCAUCAUGCUCACAAAGGGCAAGAAGCUUCCCCCAGACGUGGUCGAUAUUAUCUUUGACUUUGCCGAGUACUGGGCGCACUCAAGCAAUGAGAUUGAUUUUCUUGCUGAGCAUUCAAAUCCCUUAAUGAUCAACGGUGGCAGUCCCGUCGAGAACAAAUUCCUACUUCGCUCGUUCCCGGUGGGUCUGACGGGAAUUGAAGGCAAGAAAGCACUUGCGGAGGUAUUGGCGUAUGAUCUGAACGAGGCCAAGCCGCAACCGUUGGAAAAAGAGCACGAUCCUUCUUAUUUCCUCAACCUGGCGGAUUAUCCUACACCAAAACUGAUUCGCCCUGUUCGAAAGGUGGUCUUUACGAUACGGAGUAAAGAUCAAGGGUGGGGAGGUGACCCGGGGAGUCGACAUACGUACGACGGGGCGUGGUCAUGGUUCGAAGCUGGUCUUGAGCGGUUUGAUGCAGAACAAAUAUGCGAUCCGGCUUGCACAUAUGACGUCCGACACAGAUCAGCGUCCUCCACAGCCUCACCACUCCCCGUCUGCGCCCUCCGUCCCCUCUACCCCUCCAUCGUCCCCGGACCCCGCGAUAAGCACAGCUACUCACAUCCACUGUCUCGCCAAGACAAAUGGACUAUCUGCAGCAACCAGGUCGCCCAGCGAGCGUGGCAGGACCAUGUGAUAACGUGGUCGCAUACUGAUAAUAUCCAGCCUGGCACAGAAGCGGCGGUCAAGCUGGGGACAGACGAGGGUAGGGGUGAAGAGACGGGCGACGGCUGGUUUGUGAGGGACUUGAAGAUGGGAGAUGUGGUUACUGUUUGGGCCAAGACGAGGUUUGCCGGGUGGGCUAAUAAAAUCGAGAAGGUCAAGAUCGAUGUCUACUGGGCUGUUUAG